AUGGGCAACCGGGGGAUGGAGGAUCUGAUCCCCUUGGUGAAUAGGCUCCAGGAUGCCUUCAGCACCAUUGGCCAGAGCUGCAACCUAGACCUGCCGCAGAUAGCUGUCGUAGGUGGCCAGAGCGCAGGCAAGAGCUCGGUCUUGGAGAACUUUGUGGGCAGGUAUGGUAGUCAGACCUAGCUAGUGAUCAUCAACAAUAACACAUCAGCUAAUGCACCAGAACCAUUAAGGUGCAGGAAACCAUUCAUGAUGUUAUUCAAUAAUGGGUUAUUCAGAUGCUGGCUGUGUUGGGUUUUGAGUUUGGCAGAGAUUCAUGGUUCCCAACAGUUGACCUCUCCAAAUGAAUGCACACAGCAGACAGACAGCCUCUCCUAUUCAGUGAGCGCUAGCAUGGGUUGUUUACUAAACCCUCUGCCAAGGGUAGCUGUGUUUGUGAAGCAGCUGAUCGUUCUGGAUAGUUACAAAUUAGUUAAGUUAUGUGACAAUAGGCAUGAUGUGUAACAAGUGUUUUCAGAUCAGAGCAGAUGAAGGAGAGUGGAGACAAUGAGAUGAUCUCCUUUUCCCUCAGUAUGGUUGGCAUGCAGUGUGGGCUCCUCAGAGGAGGAAGGGAAGGACCAUCCUAUUCAGUGAAUUUCAUAAAAAUUUAAAUAGUGAAAGAUUUAAAGUUAUCCUUUUUAGAUAAAACUAUACUAAAUAUAUUCACGUCACAAAAUAACUGAUUAAAACACACUGUUUUGCAAUGAAGGUCUACAGUAGCCUCAACAGCAGUCUCUGGGGUAGCACCACCAGUGUAUCUGCUAAACUGCUUGCUGUCAGAGCAUGUGAGCAGAGUUUAGCAGUUGGAAAUCCCGCUCAUCGCUCAUGGAGUGGCGCACGCUCCAUGUCCUUUCCAACCACUCCGCUAAAAACCACUCCGCGCUCACAGGAAAAAAAACUGCCGCUACAAAUUCGCUCCAUUCAUUAAAAUCACAAUUUAACCAACACCAACAUAUUUGUGACUACCUGGACCUACCAUUUGGUUUUGAAGUAUUGAAACCAAACCAUAUGGAUUUGAAUAAACAUGAAAAUGUGAAUGUAAGAAGCACACAUUCAAAAUAAACACUCUAAAUAGGUCAGGAGCCAGACAAGGAGCCUAAGAAGGAAUGAAAAUGAAUUAUUUAGGCUAUAUUAUUUCAAUUAUUUCAAGGCUAUAGCCUUCAAAGAAAUACAUUGUGAAGCAUUUGCGAGUGCGACACUAGGCUGGUUGGGACAAAGCACUCACCAUUUAAACAACAUUUUGUUGUAUUAAAUCAUUAAUAGUCUAUAGAUUGCGCAUAUAGGCUGUGUUACAAACUGGCUUGUAGCCUGUAACAAAGAGGGAGACAACGCAGAGAUAGAAAUAACAAACAUAUUUAUUAAAUAAAGUAAACUAUAUCCAAGUGACAAUGGUGUGUAUAGUCAGUAGUGUAAGUGAGUGGAUGUGUGCAUAGAUGGUGAUAAUGAGGGAUGUUGAGAGGUGCCAAAACAAAUGAACACAAAGAAGCCCCAAAAUGCCACACCCAAAAACAUCAGUGGGUCUGCAUGGGGAGAGUCUCCUCGAGGUAUGGGGGAAAGGUGUAUUUAUCCCCAGGACACACUCGAGCCAAGGUGUGUCCCAUUUCGCUGACGACCCUCCCAGCUCCGCCCACCGUCAUCCUAUUAAGGAAAACAAGAGCAGAGAGAAAGAAUUCGGCAGACGGAGUGGGAGGGUCGUCACGGCUGUGACUUACUUAGAAUUAAAUACAAAUUAAACUAAAAAUGACAUUAGUGCCUUUUGAAUUGAAACACCAGUUUGGCCAGUCUGUGGCUUCAGGGUCAUGCGAAUUCGGCAGACAGAGUGGGAGGGUCUGGGGACCACCGAGGACCCCGGAACACCACACCUACCAAAAAACAAAUUGUAAAUAAUUCACAAAUAUAUAUACGUAAACACAAACAAAAUACUGCCCUGGUUAACCCUACCCCACUGCCCCUGCCCCUGCCAACCUCAUCCUCCCCAGAUCUCAGCAACCUUUAAGAGGAAAGAAAAAAAAGAGGACGGCAGGGAACAGAAGAAUUUACCCUUAGCCCUGAGAACAGGACAUUCGUUUUUCCAAUGACCUGAACCCUGACAGUAGUGACACUCUUGACUGAAGUCAGCUUUACCAUGGGAGCCAGGCUCAACCCUGGAUGAAUUUAUCCCCAGGACACACCCGAGCCCAGGUGUGUCCCAUUUCGCUGACGACCCUCCCAGCUCCGCCCACUGACAUCCUAUUAAGGAAAACAAGCAGAGAGAAAUAAUUCGGCAGACAGAGUGGGAGGGUCGUCACGGCUGUGACUAACUUAGAAUUAAAUACAAAUUAAACUAAAAAUGACUUAUUAGUGCCUUUUGAAUUCAAUUUUAGAAUUAAUUUUUAGAAACGCUAGUUUGGCCGGUCUGUGGCUUCAGGCUCAUGCGAUGGUGCCAGGAGAGCAGGCCAGCAGCGGAGGAUAUCCUCUCCACACUUGCAAAGCCACUGGGGAUGCUAAACACCCUUUAGGCCACUCUUGCCAGGCUGGGCAGAGAUGCAGAGUUGUUUUUAAUUAUAGAUAGGUAGGUCUAAAGGUUUUUAGGCAAAAUAACCCAAUCAAAAUGGAAAGCUCCUUGAACGUGGUAAUAUGCCAGGCCUAUUGGGGCCAAAAUCAAUUAUGGCCUAUUGUAUAGAUAUUAGAACAAAAAUGAACUUUAAAAUUUUUUAUGUUUUUGUUUAUAAAUACUUGACACACUUAGUUAUCUACCCACCUUUUAGCAUUUGCACAAAGUAAGUACUCAAUCAUGUUUUUGGGAUAAGUGUAUUUUCAGAUUCCACAAUUAUUUUUUGUUGUGGAGAGUACAUCACCGCACUCCCUCUCUUGCUCUUGGUCCUCAUCUUUGUAAGUCACCUUGAUUUAGCAUCUGUGUGUUUUAUCAGUUUCUUUAUGAAAAUGUUUAGUGAACUCCAUGACAGUAGCUAAAGCAAGGGGCUAUAGCAGCACACAAGUAGACUACAAAUGCAUGCUGGGGCGGGCAUGCCCUGAGCUCGUGAAGUGAGCGCUACUGGAGCGAAAUUGGAGGGGGCGAGAAGGCCGACACUCCAGCCUUCUGGAAUCUCGCUCCGCGCUCCAGUCAAAUUGGGCACGCUCCGCUCCAGCUCCACUCCGCUCACAUACUCUGUUUGCUGUACACUGUACUGCAUGAUUGUAGCGAGUUUACUAAUGUGUUAGUUCUAGUAGUUAUGCAAAUACGGUGACAACGAUGUAGGCUGUGUGUGGUGGUUAUGGUAUGAAAAGGUUUUUUAGCCUGGUCACAGACAGCUGAUGUGUUGUGCACCGACGUUCACAAGCGAAGGGAAAAGGUGAGAGGAGGAGAGUGCGUAGAUGCGAGAAAUAAUUAUACAAUGAACAAAGUGAUGAUGCUGUUUGUAUGUGGCUGCUAUGAAAGUGAACUGUGUAUUCAUUCUGCCGAUUCUGUUGAAAAAUUAAUCUUAAACAGAAGCAAACAGAACGAAACGGGGAUAAACCUGAAUUUGUCCAAUCGAAACUCUUGUUUGCAACUGUUUGAACUAAUGAUUACAACCUAGGUCAGCUAGAUGCAGGCAAGAGUGUGCAAGGCAGUAUUCAAUGUGUCACUGUCUGUCACCUUGAUUACUCCAAUUUGUCUCUCGACCUGUGCACCUACGUUAUAAACUUUCAUUCGUAGGCUAGGUUGUAACAACCUCAUGAUGAGUAUAGGGAAAAUUUGAGUAUCAUGAUGUUAUAUUGAACUGGGUGAAUGGGAAUAUGAAUGACAGUCAUCCAUUAUGCUGUAAUAGAAGGCUAUGCUCAUAAAAAAUGUAAGUGUCCUCCCUAAUCUUAAACAGCACCAACCGCCACUGUUGGCAUGGGAGAGUGAAGUGGGUACUGGAUGCUUGAAAUGGUUGUGUGACAGUAGUGAUGAUGGCUGUGUGUGAUAGCUGUGUGACAGUGACCAGCACUUGGUGGCUUAUCUAGCAGGGGCCCUGCUGAGGACUGGGUCUGUGCUGAAGGGCUGGAGUCAGAGAGAGGUCAGGGAACAGAGCCUGCCUUGGAGCAUGUGUGCAGUCAGUCAGAAAGUUUUCAGUCCGACAGUCAGUCAGUCAGUCAGUCAUUGAGCUAACAGAGCUGAGCUGAAGAGGGCAUUGUGUCCCUUCUCUCCUCUCUGUGUGCUGAUGCUUGAUGUCUCCUCCUUACUGACUGACAGCCAUAUAAGCAGGACCUCUUUCAGACAGGCAUGAUGCAGCCUCAACUUCAUUUCCUAUAAACUGACACUGGAGGAGUGUUGGAGAGCUGUUGACCUGGUGAGAACUCUCUCUGCUGCCGUACUGCACACAGACACACACCCACAGUAACAGGCUAACAGCACAACAACACUGCAGCUUCCCCUUGGCAGAAUGUGUCCCCUUUAUCAGUCUUUCCAUCUCUGACUCACUGACUUCAUCUCUAAGGGCUGAAUCCAGCUGUAUCUCCCACCCUGAGUGUCAGUCCUUCCUCUCUCCAGGCAUGUUGUGUUGUCACAGCUGAAUUAUAAAUGGUAGGAUGCUGUAAAAUAAAUACAAAACGGGACAACAGGAAAAAGGUGGCACUCUGAAGUUGGAAUGAAAGACUAGAAAUACGUCACUGUUUUCCACCCAUUAUUGCUUUGUACUUGAUACUGUAGCCUGAGUGGGGGCUUGUUUUGACAUUGAGAUGUAGAGCUAUUGUAUACUUAGCUCAGCAGGGCUAGACAUGUUUCAGGUUCCAGUGUUGUGUUUCAUAUCAUCUUUCUCUUGUCUUUUAAAAGUAAAACAAACCUCCACUAGCUGUGUCAUAGUCAUCACACAUAAUGAACAUAUCCCUGCCUGCAUAGGAAAAACCUAUACCGGUAUGUAAGCCCUCCACAAAUAAGUGUUGCAGCAGUAGUAAAGAUGGCGAGGUUGAGAGAGCUGGUCUAGUAUUUCAGACUCGGAUAAAAUGUGCUAGCUCGACUUGGCCAAGUGUGCAUUGGCUCUGAGCCUCUGACUGCCCUGGCAUUGUGCCUCUGAGAGUGGUGCUUCCUCUACAGAGCUAACACACAGACACACUGUGUAUCUGUUGUUUGGCAGUGAGACAGAUGCCUGAGGGGUCAGUCUUUUAUCUCCUAACUCUUCUAUUCCUCUAUUCCCUUUUCUUCUCUCCUCUUACUGACUCUUCCGUUCAUCCCCUCUUCCUUUCUCUUCCUCUCCUCUCAGGGACUUCCUCCCCCGGGGUUCUGGCAUCGUCACCCGCAGACCCCUGGUCCUCCAGCUCAUCUCUGCCAGCACAGGUAACACACACACACACACCCACACACACUCUUGACAAAUAAGUCUAUAACUGUAGGCUACAUCGCAUUAAACUGCUGUCACUGUGUGUAGAUAUGACUCCCCACCAGGGGGCAGAGUCUGUCUGUCUGCAGGGACAAUUAUGGAAUGCUGCUAAUUGUACACAACUAUAGGAGACACAGUACUGCUCUGUUCCCCCCCAGAUAUGGGGAACAGCAAUGAUGUCAUAUAUACAAACUAGACUAGAUAUCUGACGCCUGACGUAUGUGUCCGAAGACCACUGGUAUAAUGUAUUUCUAUUUUUAUUUGAUGUCUGUGGGAAAUGGGCAUUGACCCCCUGCAUCUCUCUCUCUCUCUCUCCCGCCCCCCUCCUCUCUCUCUGUAGAGUAUGCAGAGUUCCUCCACUGUAAGGGGAAGAUGUUUUCAGACUUUCAGGAGGUUCGCCAGGAGAUCGAAGCAGAGACAGUGAGACUCACUGGAACCAAUAAGGGUGUCUCUCCUGUCCCCAUCAACCUACGAGUUUAUUCCCCUCACGGUACACACACACACACACCAUAGUGUACUACUCUUACACACUCCCCACAUGGUAACACACCCUACAUCUCAACCUGAACCGGAUGCUUCAAUGCAUAAAUAUGUCUGUCUGUCCUCAGUGUUGAACCUAACCCUGGUGGAUCUGCCUGGCAUUACCAAAGUGCCUGUAGGAGACCAGCCUGCUGAUAUAGAGUACCAGGUCAGACACAUCAGUACAAUUUAACUGAUAUUAUAAGACCAUUUCUCCCACCCUUCUCUCCUUCCUUCAUAAAUAAAGUUGUAUUGUAUUUGUUCCCCAGGUGAGGGACAUGAUCAUGCAGUUUAUCUGUAAAGACAAUUGUCUGGUCUUGGCUGUGACUCCAGCUAACAUGGACCUUGCCAACUCUGACGCUCUCAAACUGGCCAAGGACGUCGACCCUCAGGGUGAGACCAGCAGGACAGAACGUCUCCCCCAGCACCUUUUCACAUGGCCCAAAUCAUAGAAAUAAGAUUCUUUCUUCAUUCUUAUUCCUAUGGUCCAGAUAACCAGUACAUUGGAAGUGAAUUUAAAAUGGGUACUAUUUGACUUCAUUGUUUUCAACCAGGCCAGCGGACCAUAGGGGUGAUCACUAAGUUGGAUCUGAUGGAUGAGGGAACGGAUGCCCGGCACAUACUGGAGAACAGGUUACUGCCACUACGCAGAGGUACAUGGGGUUUUAUUACCAUAACAUCCCCAUAACGUCCCAAUAAUGUCCCCAUACUGUUCCCAUAAUAUCCCCAUGAUGUUUCCAUAACAUCCCCAUAAUGUUCCCAUAACAUCACCAGUGACCAGGCUGAGGUAAGUGUUGAAAUGGAGGCUUGAUGUCCUCCUGCCAUGCUGAGCUGAGCUCAUGGGUUGAGUUACAGUAUUACAAUCAGUGCUAGCCUGCCCUGGGAGUGAGUGAGUAAGUGAGUGUGUGUGUGUGUGUGGAAGGGGGUCAGGGUCUAGGCUGGCUGGCUGGCUGGGUAAAGCUGUGCCAGGUGCAGGGUCAUGCUUGAUGCUUCAGAGGUAAUACAUUAGACAUGGAGCCUACUGUUAGUGCUGCUGUUACAGUAGAGAGAUUAGAGUUGAGCUGCCUGAAACCUCUGCUGGCCUGCUGAAAUCAGAUGGCCUUCUGAACCCUGUAGUGAUGUGUAAUGCAUGGAGACACUGCUUACUCUCUACUCUCCUCUCCUCUCCAGGUUAUAUCGGGGUGGUGAAUCGUAGUCAGAAGGACAUUGAUGGGAGGAAGGACAUUAAGUCAGCUCUGGCUGCCGAGAGGAAGUUCUUCCUGUCUCACCCUGCAUACAGACACAUGGCUGACAUCAUGGGCACCCCCUACCUACAGAGAGUCCUGAACCAGGUACACACGAACACACACUGAUACGUUUUGACCAGAUAACUGUUCAAAUCAGCUUUUUCUUUAUUGUGUGUGUAUGUAACUCUCUCUACAGCAACUGACCAACCACAUCCGAGACUGUCUGCCAGUGUUCCGCGGUCGUCUCCAGAGCCAGCUCCUAGCGCUGGAUAAAGAGGCUGAGGAGUACAAACACUACAGACCUGACGACCCUGCACGCAAGACCAAGGCCCUGCUACUGUUAGUACAGACCACACACACACACACACACACACACACACACACACACACACACAGCUAACAUAAUACACAACGCUCUCUUGAUGUGUGUGCAGGCUGAUGCAGAAGUUUGCAGCAGACUUUGAGAAGCGUAUUGAGGGCUCAGGAGACCAGGUGGACACUAUAGAACUGUCAGGAGGAGCCAAGAUCAACCGCAUCUUCCACGAACGCUUCCCCUUCGAACUGGUCAAGGUCAGCCUGGGGGUCUGUAUGUGUGUGUCUCACCAGCUUUCGCUCAGUGUGUGUCACCUCUUACUUUGGGUGUGUGCGUGUUUGUAUCUUCAGAUGGAAUUUGAUGAGAGGGAGCUGCGGCGGGAGAUCAGCUAUGCCAUCAAGAACAUCCAUGGCAUCAGGUGUGUGUGUGUCAGAGAGGAUACAUGCUUAGUUGGGCUCAUGGGUCUCUGUCUAUCUAUCUGGCCUGUCACCACUCCUAUUUUGCUCUCUCUCUGUCUCUCUGUCUCUCUGUCUCUCUCUCUGUAUCUAGGACUGGUUUGUUUACUCCAGACCAGGCGUUUGAGGCGAUAGUGAAGAGACAGAUAAUGAAGCUGAAGGGUCCCGGCAUUAAAUGUGUGGACAUGGUCAUCCAGGAGCUGAUCAACACUGUACGCCAAUGCACCACCAAGGUAACCACCACUGCUGUGUGUGUGUUUGACAGUAACUCCAUCAUCAUAUCUCUUGUUAUUUGCCAGGUCGCCGUUGUAAAUGAGAACUUGUUCUCAACUGGCUUACCUGGUUAAAUAAAGGUUAAAUAAAAAAAUAAAAAAUAUUUAUUGUCUCUAGUUGGGUUCCUUUCCAAGACUGCGAGAGGAGACGGAGAGAAUCGUGACCACACACAUCCGGGACAGAGAGAGUCGAGCUAAAGACCAGGUCUCACACAUACACACACACACACACAAACACACGCACACACACACACAAACACACAUACACCAACCUUAAAAUAUAGUGACUGUGUGUGUGUGUUCUCUGUACAGGUCCUGCUGCUAAUCGAUGUACAGUCGGCCUACAUCAACACUAACCAUGAGGACUUCAUUGGCUUCGCUAAGUGAGUUGUCCCUGGUUAGUUGUCCCUGGUUAGUUCUCCCAGGUUAGUUCUCACUGUCUAUGUUUUCCGGUCAUCAUCAUAUGUGGGUUGGACAUGAUGAUUAAAUGGAGAAAAAUUGUCAGAUGGGAGAGUGACUGACUGUGUGUGUGUGUGUGUCCCAGUGCGCAGCAGAGGAGUGAUCAGACCAAUAAGAAGAGCAUUGCAGGAAACCAGGUGAGUUUCACAUAGCUCAGUUACUUUAUCUCAGGUGAUGAAUGUCUUAGGUUUUAUUCUCUGAUGCUAAUACGUGUGUUAUGAGAAGUUAACAAAUGUGCAACUGGACUGGAAUAGCAGCUGAUGUGGAGGUUUACUGUAUGUAGGAGGAGCAGGUGAACCUGCCUGGGCACACAGUGUCUGCUCCAUCCUAACAUCCCUGUUCUCUCCUCUCUCCUGUUCCAGGGUGUGCAACCAGUCUCCAGUCUAAUAGUAUGAGUAGUCCAGUCUUUGUAAGGCUAAACCCUCACUGCUGACUCACGGCUGCCCCCUACUGGGACACUGUUUGUACCUCUCACUGGUUGUCUCCUGUUCACCAACCUCUUUAACCCACAGCUCCACUGCUCUCUUUUCCACCGUCUUUCCACAGACUGCACUCUGGCCCUACUCCCUCUUCCUGCUUCUCUCUCUCUCUCUCCCUGUGUGUGUGUGUGUGUGUGUGUGUGUGUGUGUGUGUGUGUGUGUGUGUGUGUGUGUGUGUGUGUGUGUGUUUGUAAGCAGCACAAAAUGGCGCUGAGUUGUAAACUUGGCUCGGAUCUCAGAUCCAAGCGCAGCUGUCUGGUCACUCACUAAACACAAACACUAGGGACUAAUGGAGGUGUGUGUGUGUGCAUAUGUGUGUCCCUGCCUCAUCCCCCUUUCUCUCACUUCCUCCUCUCUUUCAUCCUCUGCCCAAAUCUGUCCGUUUUUAGCCAUCAGCUCUUUUCUUCCUUCCUGUCCUCCUCACAGUUUCUCUCUCCCACAGUUCUACAACAGUUGUUUUUCUCUGGCACUAUUUCUUGGUACUAUUUUACCAUACCGUACCUUCCAUGUCUUUAUCAUUUCUAAUGUUUAUUCCCAUCAUGCUCUUUGUGUGUCGCUUUGUAUUGGUCAGAGAAAUGUGGUAAAGGACUUGGCAGAAAUUACCACUAGUGAUUUAAUGACUGGGUGAGGGGGUAUUUCACUUUUCUAACUGAUCCUCUUUGUCUCAACAGCUGAUAUCUCUGUGCAUGCAUUACAGUGCCUCUCUCAAUCUAUGUGCAUGUAUAUGGAUCUCUGUCUAUGCAUGUAGCAUGCAGUAUAUCUGCUCUCUCCCACACUGUGACCCAUAUGUAAGAUACAUCAUCACACCAUCUCACUCUUUUUCAAGCUAAGCUCCACAGCACCUGCCUCUCUAUCUCUAAACCCCUCAGCUCAGAGCCAGUCUCCCGAGCAGAGCUCUACAGUGAUAGUUCACCCAGACUACAUAUUGACUCUUCUAUUUACAGCAUUCUAACAUGAAUCAUCUACCUGGACAAUUCUAAUGCUAGGCUGUAGCUAAGUAGACAUACAGUACAAACCCAGAUCUUAGCUAACUGACAUAAGGGCUUCAUAGCCUACUAUCUUUUGUAUCCAUGAGAUGAGGUAACUUUGUAAUCUGAGUGAACUAUCCCUUUAAUCCCUCCCACCUUAACCUCCUCUCAGUCCCUCCCCUGACAUCACCCCUGACCUCAGAUCUCUCCAUAGGUAAUCCGUAAGGGCUGGCUGACCAUCAACAACAUCAGUAUCAUCAAGGGCGGUGCCAAGGAGUACUGGUUCAUCCUGACCGCUGAGAGCCUGUCCUGGUUCAAGGAUGACGAGGUGAGCACAGAGUCACUGAUCUGGUCUGAUGAUGAGACUACUGCAGCUUUACUAUUGAGGCUUACUAGUAGAGUAGUGAUGGGGGAAAAGAUCGAUACAGUUACAUAUCGGGAUAUAAUUUUUGACGAUAUAUCGUAUUGUUUUGACAAUAUCGCAAUAUUAUUUUUGCGCUAGUUGGCUGUACUUGCACCAAGAAACUCCAGUAUUUUUCCUUCAUAGGUUGUUUUUCAUCUUCUUUUUAAAUAGGGAGACCGUUUUCUUUCCUGCACUAAUUUCUAUGACUGAUCAAAACUAGUUUUUUCAUGGCUCUCUCUUGUCCCUCUGCAGCAGACAUACAGUGCCUUCAGAAAGUAUUCACACCCCUUGACUUUUUCCACAUGUUAUUGUGUUACAGCCUGACUUUAAAAUUGAUUAAAUUGAGACUUUGUGUCACUGAUAUACACACAAUUCCCCAUAAUGUCAAAGUGGAAUUAUGUUUUUAGAAAUGUGUACACAUUAUUUUAAAAUGAAAAGCUGAAAUGUCAAUAAGUAUUCAACCCUUUUGUUAUUGCAAGCCUAAAUAAGUUCAGGAGUAAGAAUUUGCUUAACAAGUCAGAUAAUAAGUUGCAUGGACUCACUCUGUGUGCAAUACUAGUGUUUAACAUGAUUUACCUAAUCUCUGUACCCCACACACACAAUUAUCUGUAAGGUCCCUCAGUCGAGCAGUGAAUUUCAAACACAGAUUCAACCACAAAGACCAGGGAGGUUUUCCAAUGUCUCGCAAAGAAGGGCACCUAUUGGUAGAUGGGUAAAAAAAAAAAGCAGACGUUGAAUAUCCCUUUGAGCAGGGUGAAGUUAUUAAUUACACUUUGGAUGGUGUAUCAGUACACCCAGUCACUACAAAGAUACAAGCGUCCUUCCUAACUCAGUUGCCGGAGAGGAACGAAACCGCAAAGGGAUUUCACCAUGAGGCCAAUGGUGACUUUAAAACAGUUGGAGUUUAAUGGCUAUGAUAGGAAAAACUGUGGAUGGAUCAACGACAUUGUAGUUAUUCCACAAUACUAACCUAAAUGACAGAGUGAAAAGAAGGAAGCCUGUACAGAAUAAAAAUAUUCCAAAACAUGCAUCCUGUUUGCAAUUAGGCACUAAAGUAAAACUGCAAAAAAUGUGGCAAAGAAAUUAACUAUAUGUCCUGAAUACAAAGUGUUAUGUUGGGGGAAAAUCCAACACAACGCAUCACUGAGUACUACUCUUCAUGUUUUCAAGCAUGGUGGUGGCUGCAUCAUGUUAUGGGUAUGCUUGUUAUCAGAUUACAUUUUAAAAAAACGGAAUAGAGCUAAGCACAGGCAAAAUCCUAGAGGAAAACCAGUUUCAGCUUUCCACCAGACACUGGGAGACAAAUUCACCUUUCAGAAGGACAAUAACCUAAAGUACAGGGCCAAAUAUACACUGGAGUUGUUCACUAAGACAACAUUGAAUGUUCCUGAGUGGCCUUGUUACAGUUUUGACUUAAAUCAGCUUGAAAAUCUAUGGCAAGACUUGAAAAUGGCUGUCUAGCCAUGAUCAACAACCAACUUGACAGAGCUUGAAUAAUCUUUUUAAUAAUAAUGUGCAAAUAUUGUACAAUCCAGGUGUGAAAAGCUCAUAGUGACCUACCCAGAAAGACUCACAGCUGUAAUCGCUACAUAAGGCGAUUCUAACAUGUAUUGACUCAGGGGGUUGAAUACUUAUAUAAAUUAGAUAUUUCUGUAUUUCAUUUUCAAAAAAUGUGCCCAAAAUUCUAAAAACAUGUUUUCACUUUGUCAUUAUGGGGUAUUGUGUGUAGAUGGGUGAGAAAAAAAACAUAUAUUUAAUCCAUUUAGAAUUCAGGCUGUAACACAACAAUGUGGAAUAAGUCAAGGGGUCGGAAUAAUUUCCGAAGGCACUGUAUGGUGAGCAAUAUGUUUGGAACAUCGAAUCGCAAUAAAAUCACAGUAUCGAAUUGCAAUACAUAUAGAAUCGUAAUACCAUAUCGGCACCUAAGUAUUGUGAUAAUAUCUUUAUUGUGAGGUCCCUGGCAAUUCCCAGCCCUAUAGGAGAGGUUGGACAAAAGACACACCUGAGUACCUCAGACCAACACACACACCUUUAUUACACCUUUUAUUACACACACAUUUCUGUUAGCUACAAAAUAGCUCCAAAUACUACUGUCUUCUGCAGUAGGGGAAGGGAGAGUGUAAUACAGGGUAUGUAGGAAAGACAUGGGCAGCUAGGGUCAGAGUCAUCACCAUCAUCAUCAAGCAGGAAGUCUGGGGUGUACUGGCUGGGAUUAGCUGUGGGAGUUGUCCGUCAAGCUGUAGUUGCGAUGUGGUUGGUCAGCGGGGCUGCCAUCUGUCUGCCUGUCUGUGCCUGCUGUACAGGAUAGGAAGGUCUGCACAGCAAGUGUAGACAGGCAGACACACCACAACACUCUCUCAGCCUAGCUCAGCACUGCUCGCUCAUGAUGUCCGCAGACUGUGUGUUUGUCGGUGUGUGUGUGUGUCAGUGUGUUUUGGGAUGGGCUGGCCUGUAACUUAGGUAACUCAAAUGCACACAUGUAAGUACAGAGCUGGUCCCAAUACUACUUCAACUAAGCCCCCAUAUUCCCCACCAUACAUCCCUUCCGCUCUAUUCCUCCCUCUCUCCGUCCACUCUUCCCCCUGCUCCCCCUAUUCCUCCUCUGGGAGUUGAGGCAUUUGGAGCAGUUCACUCUGACACAGCUGGAGCUGCCCCAAGCCAAACCAACACACACACACACACCUCCUUAAUCAUUCAUUUAUUGUUACUCAUUACGUUCCUCUCACAGGGGUCUAAUAGCAACAAUUAUCUCACUAACGUAAUCUGUUCUAACAGCAGUGUCUAUGACAACACUACUGAUAGGAGAACUACAAGUAGCCUGGCUGGUACAGGAGGUUCUAUUGCCAGGUUAACAAAACCCCUCUGCUCUGCUCUGCCUUCUAUUUCACAAUAUUACAGAUUACAAUAUUAGACUUUACUACACAUAUUGUACUUCAGUGUAGUUAUAGGUAUGCUACGAAAGGGGUAAUAAUCUAUGGUGAAAUAGUAAUCAUAACUAUUUCUUAUCCAAAGGGAAACUGGGUUGACUACUGUUAGUUCAGUUGGAGCCCUGUGUUCUCUCCAUGCGCCUAUGUGUGUUUGUCUCAGUGAGGGGGAUGUCUACUGUAAUAAAUGAUCCUUACUAUCACAGCUAUAUCACCAUGCUGCCCCAACACCACUGUAGGCCUCAGACACACUCCUCGAGUCAGACCCAGGCCAAGCUUGUCUCUCGCAAAGUCUCCUCUAUUUCCACCUCCACAAAGUUCUCUCCCUCCCUUUUCCCUCUCUCUUUUUCUUUCUUUCUCUGGCCCUCCUUCUCUGAUUCCCUCCCUCUGUCCUUCUCUUUCCCUCUCCUUUUCCCGCUCUCUCCCUCCUAUUCCCCCGCUUGCUGGGUCUCUCUCCUUUUCCCUUUCCUUCUCUCACUCUCUCCCUCAGUCUCUCUGGUUGGUAGUCUCUCUGGGCCUGUACACAUUCCUGGCUGGAGAACUCAAGGUUUAGUCCAAACACCCGCUUAGCUUCCAACAUCUAGCUAGAGAAAUCCCACAUGGCCACUUCUACAUUUCAACCCUCCCCCUCCUUCUCUGUCCCCCCCCCCCCUUCCAUGUCCCCCUUCUCCCCCUCAGACUCCCACUCACAACUUCAUCUCCUCCUCCUCAUCUCCCCUUUUCCACAAAUACAGAUCACCUAGCCAAACCACCAGGCUUCAGACACCCUUUCUCUUUCUUUCUCUCUCUCACUCUCUCUUGUGAUCUCUUACUUUUUCUUCAGCUCAUUCAAUCAUGUCUCACCACAGUAUGGUCACCGUUAAUUAUUUCCCUUACAUAAACACAUACUGUACCCACUCACACACAAACACAAACUCCCUCCCGUAUUUGCUGCUCACACUCUCUUAUGUAUAGAUACCCUCCAUACGUUUAAUCUAAACAAUGUAUACACACUAAUGUCCACACACUAAACAGUGUAUAAUCGCUAUAUAACACUGAACAGACAUACAUUCCUCCUUCCCUCUCUCCCUGCCUGAGGCCCCACGUGCAGCCUGAGGAAAAACAGACGACCUGCGCCCAUACUCACCCUAUACUCUAUACACACACACCCAUACACACACCCUAUACACUAUACACACGUUCCGUACAACACCCAUACACUCACACUAGACUAUACACACACAUUCCCAUACAGCACCCAAACAUUCUAAUCUACAGACUCACCCGCAGCCUUUUACCACAGCACAGUAGUGUGUCUGUGUGUCCAGCCUGUUUGCUAUAUCACACAGUGAGUCUGCAGAGAGAACCAGUUUCAGAUAGAGCAGCUUUGAUGUAUGAUCCACCAUGAGCAGCCUGACACACACACACAAUAUACUAUCAUACCGACCACUUACAAAUAUAGCAGGCCUCUAGGCACAGAACAACAACAUAGUAGCAGACAGCAAAAGGCAAAUCAGCAAAGACCAAUUCAUCCAUCUGAAUGUGCGUGUGUGUGUGUGUGUGUGUGUGUGUAUGCUCGUGUGUGUGUGUGUUUGAGAGAGAGUGGUGGAAGCCAUUCCUUGCCCAGUCUAACCAAUGUGCGGACUACUGUACACCAGUAAGACCCUGAACAGGUAGUCUGAACACUGGGACGACGGAACAGGACUCACUCUCUCCUCUCCUUCUUCUCUCUCCCUCUUCUCUCCUUCUAUUUCUUUCUCUCUUUUCCUUUCUCUUUGCUUUUUCGUCUCUCCGAAGUGUUGAAGGAGUCGGAGGAGUAGGAAGAUUCUUCAUGUCUCCUCUCUCUCUGUUUUAUCUUUCUUCUUCUCUCAUUCCUUUCUUUUAUCUUGUUUUUCACCAAAGUUUUAGUUGACAAACUGGCUAAAGGAUUCUCAAUGUCUCCUCCUUUCUCGUCCUGAGUGAAGGGUGAAGGGUCGCACGCAUGUGCGCGCACACACACUGGCUGUCCUCUUCUAUGGGUCUUGGUCCUGUUCUGGUCGCGGCCCGGCCCGGUCCGGUGUGUGUGUGUGCCGGGGAUCUGAGUGGCUGCAUCCGAGUGAACGAGUAUCCAGCCUCGACGUGGCACAUUCACUCUCAGCACUGGGGAUCUGCCAGUGCACUUAGGGAAGGCAUAACGAAGAAAGGGAUGGAAGAAGGGAGGGACUGAGGCGCCAUAUAUGGGUUGUUGGGACCCUUGGGAAUCAACUUUGGAGUGGUCUGCAGUUUCUCUCCCCUUCUCGCUCUCUCUCUUGCGCUCUCUCUCUCAAGCGGUACCAGAUGUCUGUCGUCUGUCGGAGCGCCAGCCUCUUUCUGUAUUUUUUUUCUGCCUCUCUAACAGGAAGUGGGCCCCUCUGGAAAAAAAGAGAGUGGAAUGAAGGAAGAGUCACAGGGUUCAGGAGAGACCAACACACACACACACACACACACACACACACACACACACACACACACACAUACACACACACACUAGCGUGUGUGAGACAGACUUGCACCGUUCAUUCUAUAUAUAUUUUUGGCUUCUUUACCUUUCCUGCUCAUAUAAAGUCCCCAAUAGGCCAUAUGUUCAUCCCUCUUUCUCCAUCUUCCGCCUUCUCUCCAUCUCUCCUACCAUCCUUCCUCUCAUCCUCUCUCCACUUCGUACUGUAGCGGUUUCCUGAGAAUAGCCCCUCUGGAAGGGAGAGAGGGGGAGGAGAGGAGAAGAGUGAGGGGAGCAGGAUGGAGAGAAAGGUGGAGAAGAGAGAGGGGAGAAGGGUGGAGGAGAAGAGAGGGGGAUGGAGAAAUGUUGUGUUUUAGAGCUUCACUUUGAGUAAUGACUUUCACAUGUAGGACGGCUUCUUUCCCUCCCUAUCUUUUUCUCUCUAUCCUCUUCCUCUCUCACUCACUUUUCUUUGCCUGUUUUACUCUCUCUUUUUUUAUCUCACUCCCUCCAUUAUUUUCCACUAUUCCCAUAUUUUCAGUCAUUCUCUCUGUUUUGCUUCAUUUCUCCAACUGUUUUCUUUUGUUCAUAAUUUCUAAUGAUGACAGAGUGUAGACUCAUGCCUCCCCUCCCAAACACACACACACACACACACACAAACACAUCCCUGUAAUGGAGAGCAGUCCAGUCCCUUUAUUUAUCCUAGCUAGCUCUGUUUCUCUGCUGUUUCCACCAUAGAGAAGAAUGUUAACAAACCAAUAAGACUCCUCCCUCCAUGCUAUGCUUAAGCAAUAAUGCCUGAGGGGGUGUGGUAUAUGGCCAAUAUACCACGGCUAAGGGCUGUUCUUAAGUACGACACAACGCAGAGUGCCUGGACACAGCACUUAGCCAUGGUAUAUUGGCCAUAUAUUACAAACCUCCGAGGUGCCUUAUUGCUUUAUAAACUGGUUACCAACGUAAUUACAGCAGUAAAAAUAAAUGUUUUGUCAUACCCGUGGUAUACAGUCUGAUAUAGAUAUACCACGGCUGUCAGCCAAUCAGCAUUCAAGGCUCGAACCACCCAGUUUAUAAUAGAGCAUAUUUUCUCUGCAUGCUGUUUCUGCUUUGACCAGAACAGUAGACCUAUCCAUGAAUGAACCCUUCUUCUAUCCUCCAUCCCUCCAUCACCAUCCCUCUCUCUCCCUCCCUCCCUCCAUCCAUCCCUCCCUGUCUCUCUCCCUCCAUCCCUGCCCAGGAGAAAGAGAAAAAGUACAUGUUACCGUUGGACAACCUGAAGUUGAGAGACGUGGAGAAGAGUUUCAUGUCCAGUAAACAUGCCUACGCCAUCUUCAACACCGAACAGAGGUGUGUGUGUGUUGUUAUAGUGGUGUUAUAUGAGACAAGUGUAUGACAGACAUAUCUGAAAGAGAUGGAGGGUGAGGUUCAGGAGACAAGGAGACACCCUGACUUUGUGACUUCCUCACUGACUGAGAGAAGCAGUGGGUUACUGGGCUACGCUGGGUGGGACCUGGCAGGGCAGGGUGUGUUUGUGUGGACCAUAGCAUACCAAGGGCAGGCUCAUUAAGCAGCUAAUCAAUGCCAGAGUUCUGGACCAGAUAUGAGGCUGUUCUUGUUAGGAAACUAUUUCACAGAUCGCAACAAGAAGAAGGGAAAGAAAAUAGAAAGAGGGCUGGGUGAGAGUGGAGGGGAGAGAAAGAGGGCUGGGUGAGAGUGGAGUGGAGGGGAGAGGGAGAGGGCUGGGUGAGAGUGGAGGGGAGAGGGAGAGGGCUGGGUGCGAGUGGAGGGGAGAGGGAGAGGGCUGGGUGAGAGUGGAGGGGAGGGGGAGAGGGCUGGGUGAGAGUUGGAGGGGAGUGGGGAGGGCUGGGUGAGAGUGGAGUGGAGUGGAGAUAGGGAGAAGGGCUGGGUGAGAGUGGAGGGAGAGGGAGAGUGCUGGGAUGAGAGUGGAGGAGGGAGAGGGAGGGUAUGUUUGUCGAUCUGUUGAUUCGAUGUUUAGUGGGGGUCUUUUCGCUUUUCUUUGUUCUCGGUCCUCUUUUGCUCGCGCUUUCCUUUCUUUUUUUGUCUUUUUUCUCUUUCUUGCUUUUCGUUUGGGUCGCGUGCUGUGUGCUCAGUGCUUGUCAUGUCUUUGCGUUUCCCUGGUCGUGCAUUGUCGUUAGUGGGGUAUGAGGGCUUGUGAUCGGGCGGUUGAGGUCAUGCUCGGUAGUGUCAGCGGCUUCGUUCGUGUGGUCUGGGAACUGUCUUUGGCUUCGUGUGGGUCUAGGGGAGGGAGAUGGUGUGUCAGUGUGUCCUACUGCUCCCCCUUCUCUCUCUCUCUCUGUGUGUUUGUGUGUGCAUGCUUUUGUGUCCACAGUGCUGAUCCCAGUGCUCUGUAUGUCCCUGUCUGACAUUUAUCAGAACCUCAGGAAAGUCCCUGAUCUAAAGGCAGGGGGAGAGAGAGAGUGAAAGGGAAAAGGGAGAAACAGAUCCAUGCUAAAAUUCCUCAAGAGGAGAGAAAAACUCCCUCCCUGGACACAGCGGAACUGAGCGAGAAAAAGGAGAGGAAAAGAGGGGAUUUGGUAACUGGUUACAAUCCAGCCAUUGUAACGCAUUGAGUGAGUGUGGGAGUGUGGGAGUGAGUGAGUAAGUGAGUGGGAGAGAGAGCCCCCUACUGGCCCUCCUAACACCUAACCCUAAUCCUUCUGGCCAUCUGACCAACACCAUCUCCAGCAGCAUCUGGUCUACCAUCCAGGCAUCGACCAGGCCCUGCCUAGACCAGGCCCUGCCUAGACCAGGCCCUGCCUAGACCAGGCCCUGCCUAGACCAGGCCCUGCCUAGACCAGGCCCUGCCUAGCGUACAGACACUUGAGAUCUCAUGAGAUACUGUAUGUGGUGAGACUGCUCCAAAACACUCAGACAGCCUUCGACUGGAGACAGACAGACAAAUACACACACCACCAACACACACACCACCAACACACACACCACCAACACACACACCACCAACACACACACCACCAACACACACACCACCAACACACACACCACCAACACACACACCACCAACAACGGCAGCUUAGAAAACAUGAGAGGGAGAAACAAAAGGAGAGGAACAACAGAGUGAUUAAAGAGAAUGUUUAACAGAUGUGUGUUUGUGUGUGUGGGCGAGCGUGUGUGCGUGUGUGUUUAACAGAUGGGUUUUAGACAGCUCCAGAUUCCUGCCACUGUCAGACGCAGCGGCGUCUCCCUGACUGAGCGAGGGGUAGAGGGAGGGAGAGAGAGAGGGGAGGGGGAGAAGUAGAAAGGGGGAGAUGAGAAAGAGAGAGAGGGGAGAAGUUUAGUGAUUCAUUGUGUGUGAAGAGGUGUGUUCCAGCCCUGAUAACAUGCCCUGUGUGAGACCUAUGGUGUAGUCAUGUGUAUGCAUAUGGAAUGCAACUUCAAACCUGGAGAGGAAGGUGACUGUUUGACUGUAUCUGUUAUAAUUGUUGGAACGUAUAUAAGGACUAUAGGUUCCUGGAGCUGGGUAAUGUAGUUUGAUGACGUAGCUGACUGUAUGUAAUGUUAUUGUAGGAAUGUGUAUAAGGACUACAGGUUCCUGGAGCUGGUGUGUAGCUCUCAGGAGGAACUAGACAGCUGGAAGGCUUCUCUGCUGAGGGCCGGAGUCUAUCCUGAGAAAGUCACUGUGAGUACCCUAGUCAUAACCCCUGACCCCUAAACCUGACCCCUAACCUCUAACCCUAAACCAUGACCUAUAAAGUAACUGAAUAUUGUUACCCUGACCCCUAACCUCUAACUUCUCACCCUGACAAUAUCCUACACCUGCCCUAAAUGUCCACUGCCUGGCUACCCUGCCCCUUCUCUCUCCUAUCUCGUCCCCUCUACAACCCCUCCCCUCCCCUUCUGUCGUUGGCAGCUCACAGCUGCAUUCCUGGGCUGUGAUGUCAGUGUGUGUGUGUGUGCGCGUAGACUCACAGAGAGAUGGCCUAUCUGUUUCUAAUCAGCACUGCUCCCCUUCUCUCUUCUCUAUCCCCCUCCCCUUCUCUCUUCUCUAUCCCCCUCCCCUUCUCUCUUCUCUAUCCCCUCCCCUUCUCUCUUCUCUAACCCCUCCACUUCUCUCUUCUCUAACCCCUCCCCUUCUCUCUUCUCUAACCCCUCCCCUUCUCUCUUCUCUAACCCCUCCCCCUUCUCUCUUCUCUAUCCCCCUCCCCUUCUCUCUUCUCUAUCCCCCUCCCCUUCUCUCUUCUCUAACCCCUCCACUUCUCUCUUCUCUAACCCCCUCCCCUUCUCUCUUCUCUAAACCCCUCCCCUUCUCUCUUCUCUAACCCCUCCCCUUCUCUCUUCUCCUCACCCCUCCCCUUCUCUCUUCUCUAACCCUUCCCCUUCUCUCUUCUCUAACCCCCUCCCCUUCUCUCUUCUCUACCCCCUCCCCUUCUCUCUUCUCUAUCCCCCUCCACUUCUCUCUUCUCUAACCCCUCCCCUUCUCUAAAGCCCUCCCCUUCUCUAACCCCUCCCCUUCUCUCUUCUCUAACCCCUCCCCUUCUCUCUUCUCCUAACCCCUCCCCUUCUCUCUUCUCUAACCCCCUCCCCCUUCUCUCUUCUCUAACCCCUCCCCUCCUCUAACCCCUCCCCUUCCCCUCCCUUCCGUCAUCUCCCCUCUUUCUCUUCUUUCCAAUCUAUAGUAUACUAUAUCUCUUCAUCACCUUACCCCUCUCUUUCACACCUUCACCUCCACUCCUCUCUUUUCCCUUCUCCCCCUCCUUUAUGUCCAUCAAUUCAAUUCAAAAAAGCUAACAGCCACCUCUCUCUCCCACUCUUUUCCCUCCCUCUCUAUCUCUCCAUCCCUCUCCCCUUCCCUCCCUCCUCUCUCUCCAUCACUCCCUUCUCUCUCUCUCUCCAUCCCUCCCUCCUCUCUCUCUCUCUCUUACCAGGUGGAUGGGGAGUGUAGUGGUUCUAGUGAUAGUUUCUCUAUGGACCCUCAGUUGGAGCGUCAGGUAGAGACCAUACGGAACCUGGUGGACUCCUACAUGAACAUCGUUUACAAAGCCAUCAGAGACCUCAUGCCCAAGACUAUCAUGCACCUCAUGAUAAAUAAUGUAAGGCUGUAUAUCUGGCUGUCUGUCUGUCUGGGGAUGUUCCAGACCAUCUUUAACAAAUGUUAUCACAUCUCAUAACACCUGGACAGAACCACAUUGUUAUCAUAGCAGUCUGAUCUAUAAGCAUAGUACACUCUCAGGUUGUACAGCUGAUGUACAACCUAUAUGACACGGUUGUGAUACAGAUAUUUUGAGUUUUUCUGCACAAAAAUGUUUAGACAACCAUGGUUUUGUGUGGUGCCUCGGUCCCUCUCUCUCUCCUCCUUUCUCUCUCUCUCUCUUUCUCUCUCCUCCUCCCCAGGUGAAGGAGUAUAUUGGUAGUGAUCUCCUGGUGCAUCUCUACUCUCUAGCAGAGAAGUGUGUAUUGAUGGAUGAGUCUCCAGAGCAGGAGCAGAGGAGAGAGGAGGUGCUGAGGACUCACUCUGCCCUGAAGGAGGCGCUGGCCAUCAUAGGAGACAUCUCUACCUCCACCUCCUCUACUCCUCUACCUCCUCCUGUUGACUCCUCCUGGCUGCAUGGAGCCCCUGAGACCAGCCGCAGGUAACACACACGCACGCGUGUACAUAUGAGUGCAUGCACACACACACCAUAACUCUAACCCCCAUCCUCCCUCCACCAGAGGCCCCGCCCCCAUGGCCCCACCAGUCCCCUCCCGCGCUGCACCCCAUGGACCAAUCAGCAACCACGCUGAUACCACCCAGUCUCCACCCACCGGACUCAUCAGACCCCCCCCUAAUGUACCCAGGUAACCAUGAUGAUGAUGUUCAAAACUUUAUUCAUUAGCUAUUUGUUGGAAUUCUCUGCGCGUGCACAGAGCCAAACGUUGGGCUGCAGAGAAAGAGGGAGGUUAUUUGAACUGGAUGGGGGUCAGCUGGAAAAUGUGUUUCUCAUCUCUUUCCCAUCAACCCCAGUAUACAGACCCUCUCUCUCUCAACCUCAGUUCUUCUGGCAUGGAUUUGUUUUACUGCUCUCCAUUUUUCCUCAUGCAAUAUCUCUCUCCCCUCUGCUCCACUUCUCUCCCUCCACUCAUUCCUCCCCUGCUUUUGGCCCGUCUCUUUUUCUUUCUGCCUCAUUUCCUCUUCAACUGUUCUUUUGGGCCUCACACAUCAUCCCUUUCAAGCCCCUCCCUAACUCACUCCCUCCAUAACUCUCCCUCUCCUUUUCUCUACCUCUAUCCCAGGAAAAUUACAAGCCCUUUUCUCCUAUUUCACAUCACAGGAACACUCUGCCAGUACACACACACCAAAAGAUUCCUUUGUCUCCACAGGGAUCUUUCCUGGUCAGCACUAGCAGGAAUGCUCACUGAUUUUUCAACAGGACUUUCCUCCUGAGUGCACACUAUUUGCUUUAUGAGAUCUAUUGUGUAUUACUUUGUUUUAAUAAUUUUAAAAAAACAUUGUAUGAAUUGUAUAGUACUCUAAUACUUUAAAUACAUCAUACUACAUGUGUAUGAUGUACUGUGGUGUGUCCUGUAGUAACCUGACGUAGCAAGGGCGUAGAAACGCCUGAAACUAGAUCCCCUACAUACUGGGCUUGACGAGAAGAAAUGUUGGGAGGUUCUCUUCUGCACUGUUCAGCCAAUCCAGUAAAUGUGGAGGAGGAGUUAAGAUGGAGUGUCGCCUUGUUAACGUCCAAAAGCAGCAGUCACGUCACAGGCUCUCUUUCCAUUUCCCCUGAAAACCGGAACAUUCGGUGGUUGGGGACUCUGCACAGGCUAGUCCAGUAGUAAUGGUCUCUCUUCUCUGUCCCUUUCCAGGAGGCACCCCCCGGCUGUCCCCACAAAACCAUCCCACUGACCCCUCCCCUCAACACAACACUGCCUCUGAUAGCACAACUACAUCAUACAGUCUGUCAAUCAGAUGGAUUAUUUUACUAUUUUUUUAAUGCCUUUUUUAACUUCUUUGACAAAUCCCAAUUGCCCCCUAUCCCCUACCUCCCAGACACUUGCAUAUAUCUGAAAUGAUUGGAUAGGUGUAAUCAAUGUGGUGAUCAUUUCUACUAGUCUAUUGAAGGGCAAGGUGAAGCCAUCACCAUAUUGAUCAUUUCUACCCAUUCCAUUUGGGAGUUGAAGGGCCAUUCUAAACACAAAUAUCCAUCUACCAUUUUGCUGGAGACUCUUACCCAGAGCUUGUCCCCUCACCUCUCUCUCUCCCUCCCUCCCUCCCUCCCUCCCCCCACCCCUCUCUCUCUCUCUCUCCCUCCCCCCACCCUCUCUCUCUCUCUCCCCCCACCCUCUCUCUCUCUCUCUAUCCUCCCUCCCCCCACCUCUCUCUCCCUCUCUCUCUCUCCCUCCCUCCCUCUACCUCUCUCUCUCUCCCCCCCCCACCCUCUCUCGUCUCUCUCGACUCUCUCCCUCCCUCCCCUCCACCUCUCUCUCUUCUCUCCCUCCCUCCCCUACCUCUCUCUCUCUCCCUCCCUAACCCUCCCCCACAUCUCUCCUCUCCCUCGCCUCCCCCCACCCUCUCGUCCACCUCUCUCCCCUCCCUCCCCCCGAACCCCCUCUCCCCCCCCCUCUCCUCGCUCCCCCGAUCCCUCCCAACCUACGCCUCCCCCGCCCCCUGGAGGGAAUCCCUCCCCCCCCCACCUCUCUCCCCCCCUCCCCCCCCGCUCUCUCGUUCAUUCGCCGGGUAAGUAGGAGGGGAAAUAGGCCUCUCUCGCGCCCCCACCUGUCUCUCUUCCCACCGUUCUCUCGGUCCCCCUGCCCCCCGCCCUCUUCCUCCCCCCUCGCUGGGUACCACCAACCCGUCCCUCCCCAGCCCCAGUCUCUGCUCGCUCGGGGUCCGCCCUCGGGUCUCUCUCCAUCCCCUGUCCCCCCCGCGCUAGCCUCUCCUCAGGUCCCCCUCCCCCCCCCGCCUCUCUCUCCCCCUCUGCCACCCCUAACCUGUCUCUCAUCGAAAGAGUUUCCCCCUCCCCCCCCCUUACUCUCUCCCUCCCCUUCCCCCCCCUCUCCGUCUCCCAUGCCCUCCGGCCCCUCCUCUCUCCCUCCCGUACGCCUCUGCCUCCCGCCCACCGGUCUCUCUCGUCAAUCAUCCCUCCCGGACCUCUUCUCUUCUCUCUCGCCGUCCCUGGUCCCCCCCGCUCAGUCGGCUCUACCUUCAGAUCGCCUCCUCGUCCGUCUGACUCGCUCCCCUCGCACGUCGCCCGCCCCUCCUCUGUCUCCUUCGUCGGGAUCCCUCCCUCCCCCCGGUCUGCUCUCGAGCCUGCGCCUCCCCCCCUGCUCUGCCCGUCCCUGGGCCGCGCCCUCCAUCUUCCCCUUCCCCCUCUCUCUCCCCCUCCCCCGCGCCCUUCUCUCAGGUUUGAGCCUACAGUACCCCCUCUCACGGCCCUACGCAGGUACCUCUCUCGGGGGAGGGCAGUGGGGGGGGUCACCUUGAGCAUCCUGCGAUGAAUGGUCCGUCGCCCCUCUCCUCCCGCCGCCCCUAUGUUCUCUCGGUCGGCCCUCUACCUCUCCAGCCUAGUCCCCCUAUCCCCUCCCGACGAUUGGUGGUCGUCUCGUCUGCACGUAGCGCCCCCUCCCUCCCCUCUCCCUAUCUCUCUCAUGCUCCGCCCCCUCUGUCUCAUCCGCCUCUUCCCCCCCCCUUCGAUGUCUCAAGAUCGUCCCCUCGGGGAGUUCCGCCCCCCUCUCUCGUCCCUCCGCCCCAUCCUGCGUCCUGCUCCUCGAGUAUCCACCGCUCCCCGCUCCCCCCACCCGAUCUCUCUCCCUCCCGGGCGUCCCCCCCCUCUCUCUCCCGUCGCCUCACCCCCGGCCGGCCAUCUCUCUCCGCUUGACCCGGUCUGCCCCCACCCCAAGUCUCUCUCCCUCACGCUCCCUCCCGUAGCCCCCCCCCAGUCUUCUCUCGUCGUCUCCUCCCCCUCAUCAGCUGCUCGUCCACGGAUCCCUCCCGUUGGCCCCCCCGCCUCUCUCUCUAUCUCCCGUCUCUCCCUCCGCAUCCUGGGACCCCCCACUCCUCUCGGGAGCUCUCGACCUCCUGGAGGAUGGUCACCUUUCCUCACCCCCGCUCCUGCUCAUCUCUCUCUCUCGUCUCCUAUGGUAUUUUCGUCCCCUGACUCCAGGCGGAAUCCCGCCCCCUCUCUCUCAGGGCUCCAAUCCCCCCACCAUCCGAUGAAAGACCGUAAAGGUGCGAACUCUCAGACCGCUCCCUCUUCAGUGCCCAUUCCCGCCCCGCCUCUCUCGUCUCCCGCUCUCUCCCGUCCCCUCCCCCUCUCUCUCCCCGCCCCCUCGUCUCUGCUCCCUGCCGGCGUCCCUCCACCCCACCGUGCUCGCUGCGGUCGUCCCGUCCCCCCCACCUCCUCUCUCUCCCGUCCCUCCGCCCCUCCCUUUCUUCUCUCCCCCCUCCGUGGGACUUUCUCUCGGGUCUCCCCCUCACCCCUCCCAGCGCCACCUUUCUCGUCCGCCCUCCGCUCCCCCCCUUGUGGCCUCUUCCGUCUCAUGCUCGCCUCCCUGCACGCUUCCACCCCACCUCCUCUCUCUCAUCGCGCAGGGUCUUAAGUCCCCUCCCGUCCCCCCCCCCCUCCCUCCUCCACCCUCUCCGUCUCCGGCGCCUCCCUGCUCCCGACCUCUCUCUCCUGUACAUCGAGCCUCCUCCUUCCCCCUCUCUCAUCUCACCCCUCCUUCCCCAUGUCUCUCAGAUCUUGGUUACCCGCCUCCGGGGUGGUCACCCGCGGUCCUGUUCCCGCCCUCCAUAAAGUCUCUCUCUCCCCCAUCCUUCCCCCUUGGGUGUCUCUCGAUCUCCCCCUCCUUUUCUUCCGCCCCGGCCUCUGCUCCCUCCCGCUCGGGUCGCCCUGGCAGCCAUCUCUCUCGCCGGGCGCCCCUCCUCUCUCCUCCCUCCCCCCCCUGCUCUCUAGCUUCGGUCCCUCCCGGCCCGCCCAUCUCUCAUCUCCCUCAACCCUCCCUCCCCCCUCCGUUCUCUCUCCGCUCGCCCCCCCCCGUCUCUCUCUCGCCUGCCCCCCCGACCCAGCCCGUCUCUCUCUGCCGCUCCCGUUCCCCGCCCCGCCUGGGGUUCGUCUCUCCUCACGCCCUCCUUCCCCCCUCCCACCCCCUCUUCUCUCUCGGCUAUCCCCCUCCUUCCCCACCCCCCUCUCUCUUAGCUCUCCACUCCUCCUUCCCUUAGUCCUCUCCCCCCCCGUUCUCUCACUCUUUCUGGUCACCCUCCCAGAUACCCCUGCUCGUCUCUCCCCCUCUCUCCCGUGCCCCCCCCCAGUGCUGCUCUUCUUCGUCCCUCCCCGCCACCUCUCUGCGUCUCCCCUCCCUCCGCCGGCGGCCCGCUGUCUUUGCUGCGUCCCUCCCUCCCCCCCCACUCUCCUCAAACACGUCCCUCGCCUCGGCAACACCCCCCUCUCUCUAUCGUCGUCUCCCUCCGCAACCGGGAGAUUUGGACGACGCGUCCAGCUGCCUCCCUACCGCUCUCGUCUACCUCUUCUCAUCCGGCGGAGGUCGCCAAGAGUUCCGCCGCCCGUCUGCGCCCCCGUCUCUCCUCCCCCGCGCUCCCCCUCCCGCACCGUCUCUCUCGCUUCCCCCAAGCCUCUCUUCUAGUCCCCCUCCUCCCCAGGUCUCUGCUCCCUCCCCGCCCACCUCGUCGGCGAGUGGUAUCGCCCCCUCUCCUCUGCAGCGGUCCCUCCGCCACUGCGCGGUCGUCCCUCUCCCCCUCCGCCCCUCCCGACCCUCUCUCCCGUUGCGUGUAUAA